CAUAGGCAUUUUGUCGAGCACUCGCAGGGCAUGCGCAGCGCGGGGCUGCAGGGGGGUGGCGCCAUGGGGAGGGAAUAGUAUGGCUGCUGCUGGGGAAUGCCCAUGGGAGGAGGGGCUGGAACUUUGGGUGCCAGCCAUGGAAGUCGCAGGUGGCGCCAUGGGAGGCUGGGGACGCUGCUGCUCGAUUGCAGGGAGCAAGCGCCAGGCGGAGUCUUGGUCAGCAUCCAUUGCAGGGGGAGUGGAGACUCGCGCCCGUGGAGCAGGGAAGUGAAGAACGCCAUGGCUAGGGCGCGUGGAGCAGGGAGGCGAGGAUCUGGGCGUUCCCUGGCCGGGCAGGGAAGAGCAGGGGGAGGCGGACGCCGUGGAAGGGGGCGAGCAGAGCUGCUGGCUGCUGAUGGCUGGAGAGCAAGAGGACGACGGCUGGGGAAAAUGGCAGCCAGGGGGAGCUCACAGCCAUGGAAAAAUCAUAGGGCAGAGAGGAGCUCGCCCAUGCCCGGGGACAGGCGCCAUGGGGAAACUCGAGCUUGCAGGGAGGGGCACCACGAUCUGCUGCCGUAUGCGCGCUGGAGCUUGGGGAAGGGAGAUGCCAUGGCGGCAACAGAGGGCAUCGGCCAAGCCUUGCCGCACUCCUGCGCGCAGCUGGUUUCCAUGUGAGGACGAGCGCUGGUGAAGACAACAAGGGGGAAGGGGAAGACAGCGUGGGAGAGACACUACUCCCAGCGCCUGAUGCUGGUCUGGAACAGAGAAGGAAGAAAGGAGGGCACCAUGGAUGGAGCUCGGAUGGGGAGACUUCAGCGCUAUGAACAGGGGAAGGAUAGAGCAGGAAGAAGGCUGUGGCGGCUGCUUGGG